AUGGCUGAGAAGAGCAGUCAGGCUGAUCAGGAAAACAAACUGCAACAGCAAGAUCAACAGCUUAGUUAUUCUGAAGACCGAGCUGUAGUCGCAAAUGAAUCCACAGAUCUGGAUUUGUCUGAAGAAGAGAAGACCUCGCCCCAAACUGAAGAAGAGACUGAGUGUCCAGGCUGCCAGUCCCUGGGUGUUGUGACUUUGACUUGCAGCCACAAGUUAUGUCCAAGUUGCAUUGACCUGAGCCAGAAGGAGAUGGGUCGUGAAGGUUGCACCAUCUGCUAUGGAUCCCAAUUGAUGGACUCUGUGCUCCAAGGUCUGCUGGGUGCCUUGUUCCACGGACAGCCCAGAAGAGACACCGGGACAGCACGGCCAGAAGAAGCCAUUUUACGGGCCGCUGCCGAGGAGACGGUGAAGGCUGCUGAAGAUGGUAAUCCGGAGGUGGAGCAGCAAUGUCUGCUGCAUGGAGAACCGCUCAGAGAGUUUUGUCUGGAGAAGGAAGAGCUGCUCUGCCACAAGUGCCGCAUGAGCGACCCGGGACCGCGCCGGUGCUGCUCCAUUGAAGAGGCUCUUCUUCUUUGUAAGAGGCAGAUGAGAGCGACCCUCAGAGGGGCCCGGGAGACACUGGAGAACCUAACCACGGUGAAAGGAAAGUUGGAGGACACGGCAACUCACAUCAUGAGCCAAUCAGUGACAAUUACCCAAGUCUUGAGGGAGGAGUUUGAGAAGAUGCAGCAGUUCCUACGUGACGAGGAGGCCGCACUGACAUCAGAGUUGAAGCAGGAAGAGGAAGAGAAGAUUCAGAGGGUCGAGCAAAAGAUAAGCAAGCUGAGCAAUGACAUACGAAUCUUAAAGGCCAGUAUCGGAGAACUGGAAGAAGUUAUGGAAUCAGAGGACAUCUUUUUUCUGAAGAAUUACAGAAGUGCCUCUAAAAGGACUCCCCACGGAGUUGACAAGUACAAAGAGGAAUUCGGAACUCUGAUGGAUGUCCCCAAGUACCAGAGCUGCAUGCAGCAUCAUGUCUGGGAGACGAUGCUGGGAGUCAUCCACUAUUUUCCGGUGACCUUGGACCCCAACACAGGCUCAUCGUGUCUGACUGUGUCUGCUGACCUGUCCACUGUGUCGGUGUGUGAUGAACAGCCUCUUCCAGACAACACCGAUAGAUGUGUCAACCCACAGGGCAUCUUGGCUUCCGUGGGAUUCAGCUCUGGGAGCCAUCUCUGGGAGGUGGAAGUCGGAGACAACAGUCACUGGUCUUUGGGGGUGGCCAGCGACAGUAUCAAUAGGAAAGACUGGUGGAGACUGGAUGACAACCCUGGUGAACCAAGUGGUGGUCUGUGGACAGUGUCACUCUCCUCUGGUGUGUAUCGCGCUUCUCCCGGCCACAGUUCACCUCUGACACUCAGGAGAAGACCAUCCAGAAUCAGAAUUCAGUUAGACUGGGAGAGAGGGUGUCUGACUUUCUCUGAUGCCAAUGGCAACGCUCUGAUCCAUAGGUUUAAAAAGCAGUGGAGUGGUACACUAAGGCCCUACUUCUCUACCACUUGUUCCAAACACCCUUUGAAAAUCAUUGAAUCAAGGGUGACUGUUGCUACAGAAUAGAACAUGCAACAUUACAAAUG